CGGCCCGCCGCUGCGGCACGGACCUCCCCUUUAACGGCGGCGGCUCGGCGCUCCGCUGCCCCCGCGGCGGCUGCUGCUGCUGCUCCUGCGGCUCCCGCGGCUCCUGCUGCCGCCGCCGCCGCCGCCGCCGCUCGGCCUCGGGCAGCUGCAUCCUCGGGCCGGGCCGGUCCCCGCCCCGCGCCGCGCCCGGCCCCGCCAUGGUGUCCUGGAUCAUCUCUCGCCUGGUGGUGCUCAUCUUUGGCACCCUGUACCCAGCCUAUUCUUCCUACAAGGCCGUGAAGACAAAAAACGUGAAGGAGUAUGUGAAAUGGAUGAUGUACUGGAUCGUCUUUGCCUUCUUCACCACGGCCGAGACGCUCACGGAUAUCGUGCUCUCCUGGUUCCCUUUCUACUUUGAGCUCAAGAUCGCUUUUGUAAUAUGGCUGCUGUCCCCUUACACCAAGGGCUCCAGCGUGCUCUACCGCAAGUUCGUGCACCCGACGCUGUCCAACAAGGAGAAGGAGAUAGAUGAGUACAUCACGCAGGCCCGAGACAAGAGCUAUGAGACCAUGAUGAGGGUGGGCAAGAGGGGCCUCAACCUGGCCGCCAAUGCCGCAGUCACCGCUGCUGCCAAGGGCCAGGGGGUGCUGUCAGAGAAGCUCCGAAGCUUCAGCAUGCAGGACCUGACCCUGAUCCGGGAUGAGGAUGCGCUGCCCCUUCAGGGGCCUGACGGCCGCCUCCGACCCAGCCCUGGUGGCCUUCUGGACACCAUCGAGGACACAGAUGACCCUGCCCUGAGUUUAAGAUCUAGCACAAACCAGGCAGAUCCCCGGACAGAGGCCUCUGAGGAUGACAUGGGAGACAAGGCUCCCAAGAGGGCCAAAUCCAUCAAAAAAAUGCCCAAAGCUGAGCCCCUGACUUCCAAGACACUGAAGACCCGGCCCAAGAAGAAGAGCCCUGUUGGGGGCGACUCAGCCUGAGGUCUUCGGCCCGCCGCUGCAGAACAAGGAGGAAGCCUCAGGAAGGGCUCGGCCCCAGCCUCUGCUCCUCACUGUGCCAGUAGCCAGGUGUCUCAGGCCCCUGCGGCCCCCUCAGCCAUUUCCGGUGCCUACCCAGUGGCCACUUCUCUGGAAGGGGCUUGGAAAAGAGGAGGGGGGCCCAGCUAUGGGGGCUGAGGGUAGAGGCUGGACCAGGGGCUGGGGACUGAGCUGCCCAAGGAGGUGGGGACUGCUCAACCUGCUCCGCUGCUCUCCCUGCUCCAGCCCUGCCCCACCCGCCCAGUGCCUUGCUGAAGACCAUGGCCACCCCCUUCUGAGGUCCUAACACGCCCCGCCCCUGCUCUUGGGGGUGAGGGACAGUCACAGCCCAGGUGGACCGAGGACGGGCCUGAAAGCACCUGCAGAAAGGGAGCAAAGAGGGAAGGCCUCGAGGGACUCGGGCAGCGACCGCCGGCCACAGCUGCAGAUGGAGGCGGCGUGUCAGUGUGUGCUCAGUGACCAGGGUGGCCAGGCCAGAGUUGCAGCAAGGGGCCCUUUUCCUAGGCAUUGGGCAGGGCUGUGUGCUACAUGUCCCCACAGAAAGAGGUGGGGGUUCCAGGGUAUGUGUGAAUGAGUGUGCGUGUGUCUUUCUGGGUCUAGGGCUGGCGGGUUUGGGUAAAGAACUCUCCCUGCAGCUGGCCCCUCCUCCCACCCUUAGCCCCAGAGCCAGCUGGCCCACCCCCUGCCCCUCCCUCCUAGUCUCUGAGCCUCAGGGGAACCCACCCAUGAGAGAAUGGGGUCCAAGGGGCCUCUCACGUCCUCCCCUGCUCUCGAUCCCUUUUAUGUCACCCACUUCCCACUCUGCCCCUGGCUGGACCCCCUCUACUCCUCAGGGCCCACUGUACAGGCCCCUGCAGAGCUGUCUCCUUUCCUUGUCCCUGGGGGCUUAUCCCCCCUUGCCCCAGGGUCCCCUUCCUGUGCUAAGCAGACUGAGCCCUGUAUGAGCAGAACCUUGUCGGAGCCCAGCCUCAUCCCACACCCUGGCCUAGCUUCUGCCAUGGCGUCAAUCAGGGCCAAGGGGGGACGUGUGAAGAAGACAGAAGUGUGGGGGCUGCAGGGCCCCCGGCUCCAUGGAGAGAGGGUGCCCGUUGGACCUUUGGCACUGGAUGAGCCAAUAAACCACACUCUGGCACCUCA